UUCCUCAAUUCCGCGCACCACAGCAAGAGUUGCACCGCAAGUGUUUUUUUUUUCUCCUUCGCGCAAAUCCCUAAUCGAUGUUGCUCCUCCGCCAUGGUUUUGAUUCAGAAUAAUUAAACUUACACUGUAGCCUGCGAUUGCUUUUAAUUGUUGAGAUCGUCUCUACGUGCCGAUUCUCAAUUCUUCAGUUCCUCUUUCUCAGGUUAGUUAAUGAAGUCUCUGCUUGGCUGAGAUUGCCACUGAUAAUGGAUGUUGAAGCGCGCCAAAAUUUUCGUGAUGAGCAAACAAGUGAUUGUAAGAGUUUUGGCAGCAAUAUCCGUCCGUCUAGCCAGACGAGGAAAAUUUCUAUCGGAAUUAUGGCAGAUUCAAAAGGUAGCACAAGAAGUGUAGCCGUAAAAGGGGACGGCGCUGUAGAGCCAAAUACAGAAAGGGUAAUCUCUGAUGUGAGAAAUUGCCCUGGAGAAAAAAGAGCAGUUGAAGGAGUGACACCUUCCUUUAAUAUAAAUACGGAAAGGGUAAUCUGUAAUGUGGGAAAUUGCCCUGGAGAGAAAAGAGCAGUUGAAGGAGUGACACCUUCCUUUAAUAUAAAGCAAACUGGAGUUCCACGAGAGGAGAAGUAUUCUUGGACCUCAAAAUCCUUUUACCAAAGAAAACCUACUUCUCAGACCAUUCUUCAAGCCAACCAAGCCUCUAGUUUACUAGUCCCUCCUGGUGGCCGGGACGAGUCUAAUGGAGUAGAGUGCGCCGCUGGGAAACAGUCGGUUCAGCCUUUUUCAUAUCAGACUUCAAUUUUUCCUUCUAAUAAUUACAAAAAGUUUGAUGCGGACGCUGCCAGAUUGAAGGGAAGGAAGGACGGGACCAUUGAAAAGGUCAAGGAAUUUACAUUUGCCACUGCACAACAAGUCUUCGAGUCUGAUAAAACCGACCCAGAAGAAAAAAUAAAUAGAACAGGAAACAGAACUGAAAAUUUGAGGAUGAAGCUUUGCCAAAUAUUGGGGACCACUUCUUCCCCUAAGAGCAGGCAUUCAGAUUCUCACGCACGUAACAUGGAUGAGGAAAGUUUUCCGCUUGAGCAGCGUUUGAACCAGAAGGAAAAUAAAUCUGCCAAGACCAUACAAAAUUCGGAUACUAUAGAAACUGAUUCAGAAAAUCCUGAUCAUACUCUUAAGAGGCCAGUAACUCGUUCUUUGAGCAGAAAGAGAGCGUCUUCCAAAAAGAAACUGGGAAAAGGUAAAUGUGGCCCAUCUUCAAAAAGCACAGAGAAGCAUGGAGAAAAAAGUAUAUUUUCUUUUGAAGAAAAAUGGAUUGAGAGGCAAGAUGCUUUUCCAAAUGAUGGUUCCUUGAAGAAAAAGAGUCAGAGAAAGAAUUACAAAUCUAGACAACAUAAGAUCUGCGUAACUGAAAAUGACAUCACAGAUAAACUUCAUCAAGACACAUCGAAGGCUGAUCCACCUCUGCAUGAUGGGACAACAUUUUCACUUGGGAAGAUAACAAGGGGAUUUAUUGGUUGCUUACCUGAAUAUCAAACAAAAUGCCCUCAGGCAGAAAAAAUAAACCAAGAAAAAGAAUUUUACCAGCCACCAAUUGUAAAUACAGAUCAGUGUGGAGAGCAAGAGGUUUCAGAAAAUGGAAACCAACUAGAAUAUAGAAGUAAUUCAGUCAUACAGAAUGUUGCUGCUAAGUCACAAGAUGAUUUUCCAAGUCCUACAUUUCAAUUUAAGACACCUAUUUUAAGUUUUUCUCCGAACUCGACACCAAAAACUGGCCAAAAGGCAAAUGAUGUUAAUAGUCCAGCAUCAACUGAAAGAACAUUUUCUCUGGGAAGCAUUCAUAGUUUAAAAACUCUCCAGGGUUCAGAGCCAGACUUCAACGGGCUAGGAGAACAAAUGCAACCUUCUGACAUGGAAGAGCUCAAAACUUUCAUUCCCAGAAAAGACAAAUCUUCCGAGUCAGAGAAAAAAGAGCAGGGUGUUUCAUCUGAUUCAUCAUUUGAAGAGCGAAACUUUCAAGGAUACCAUGAAGGUUCAAGAGUAGGAUAUGCUUCCGGGAGGAAAAGUUUUGCUAUUCAUCCUAUCAAAAGGCUGUGCAAACAGGAAGGCAGUAAAUUUAAUGAUAGGAGUCCAGCUUCAAUGUCAUCAAAAGGGACAGGAGACAGUGAUUGGAUUGAUGAAGCUUCUGAGCAGAAUCAAGAUGGGUUUGCAAGGGCUGUUGAACUGUUAGCCUUGGAAUUGGGAAAACUUCAGAGCAAAAUUAAGUCGAUGACAAAUCAGAAAUCCUCGGAAAUUUUGAAGUCUGUUGCGGAAGAAAUACAUCUGCAGCUGCAGAAUGUUCAUUCCCAGAUUCAGACAGACAUGGGAAAGCUUACAAAUCUCAGUAAAUCUAAGAGAAAAAGGCUGGAAACAAGAUUUGAAGACCAACAGAAACAGCUAAGGUUAAUAUACAGUAAGUUCAAGGAAGAGGUUAGUCAGCAUCUACAGGAUUGCAGAAGCACUGUUGAAGAUCUUGAAGCAGAUCAAACAGAGAUCAAGAGAGCCAUGGAAAAGCAAAGAUUAGCACAUAAGAAGCUUCUGUCGCAAGUUGAAGAAGCAGUGCAGAUCCAACUUGAUGACGCUCAAAGGAAAAUCACAGUCACCCAGGAGAAGGCGAGGGCGAAACUUCUACAAUUGAAGCAGGUUGUCGCUAUGUGCUUGAAAGAGGGAAUACUGAGUUGAUAUGUAUUCUGCUGAUUCCCUGCAAGUUAGAUUUUGCUAGAUUGUCGCUAUGUGCUUGAUUGGAAUCGUUAAAAGAUUUCUAUGUACGUAAUAAUAUUAUGCCCCUCCCUCUUCUUAAGUACAUAGAAUAGAAUAGAAUGGAUAAUGUGGCCGAGUUCAAGUAACAUCACUUAAAUUUUCUUUUAUAAACUCGAAUACCA